CCUUUCCCCCCUUCUCUUCCCAGGGGGUUCCCCUGCCUUCCUUCCCCUCCGCCUCUUCCCAGGGGGCUCCCCUUCCACCCACCCCUUCCAAGGGGGCUCCACUUACUUUCCAGCCGUCGCUCCCCUUCCCCGUGGGCGAUGGACCUGUCGAAGGGUUUCUUCAGGCAACUGCAAGACCUGGCCUCUACGGUGGAGAAGGAGGUGAGGCAGCUGGAGCGGGCCCUGCACAGGGAGGACACGGACGAUGAAGUGGAAUCUCCAGCAAGACUCUUACAUGACCUCCAUUGUGAAAUCAAAACUCUGAAGGAAGAUGUUAGUGCCAGUCUUGAUAAGUGUUCUUCUGAAAAACAACCAAUUCAUGAGUUUUUGAAGGCAAGUGAAGUAUUGAUGCAGAGAAAUGCAGCAGAUCUGGGAAAAAUAAGAGAGCUGUUCCGGAACUAUGGCUACAAACCACAUGGCAAAGACUCUACAGAAGAAGAGGAAAAAGAAGUUAAGAGUGAUUCGAUGAUGUAUGCCCAGAAUAAAUCUGAUGAAGAAAAACUAGAUGAAGCACCUCAUCUUCCUGCUUGUACAAAGAAGCCACCGUUGCCUGAAGACUCAUUGCGUGACCCCCAGCUUUCUGAUUUCGGUCUUACACAAUAUGCCUUCUCCAGGCCAUGGGGUGCAGGGACAGGGCAGCGCGCAACAAAUGCAUAUCAAGAAAAUUCAAACAGAACUCCAGUAACACCACGGACCCCCAGUGUUUUGCCCAAAACACCAAAGUGUAUGCUGAAGAUGGAUGAUUAUGAGUGUGUAACACCAAAACUUGAACAGUUUGGCAUCAGUGAACAUACCAUGUGUUUGAAUGAAGAUUAUACGAUGUCACUUAUUCGUAAAACUGCUCAGGCAGUCAAGAAGUUUGUUAAAAAAGAUGAUCAUGAAGUCAAUGUCUCAGAAAUGACAUCCAAAGAAAUCAUGGCUACUCCUAGGCCAAAACCGAAAGUGGCAUCUGAGAACGCUGACUGGAUGGCUUCUCCUAUGGUAUUUGUGUUCUGUACUCCUGAUGUGAAAAUCUCUUCUAGAACGUAUGAGACAGUAUUGUCAAAGUCACCAAAGACAAAUGAACUGCCUCUUCCCAGUCAUACAGAAACACCACAGUUGCCAAAAUUUGAAGCAGGAUGGCUAAAAACAGAAGCUAAGGAGGUAAAGCAGAGGGAAAAGAUUGAGACAAAGAAUGGUGCAACAAAUAAACAAUACAGAGAAGAUAGAGUUCCUUUUGCUGUGAGCUCUGAUGAGUAUCUUGAGCGUUUUGGAGACCCUUCUCCUCCUAAAAUAAAACAAUAUGACCAGUUACUUGAUACUCCUCCACCUCCAGAAAUAACAAGGAUACCAGAUGAUGUUCUACAGAUUCUGUCCAAGUAUAAUCGUAACGUAGACUCUUCUAAAGUCAAGAAAAUGGAGAACAAGGCAGGAAAUACUACAAGAUAUGAAAACGAUUUCACUGAUUACUGUGACAAAGAGAACGGAGGACUUUCUGGAAUUUUCAAGACAAAGAUCUGAAAUCAAGCUGAAGACCAUGCUGAGACUGUUUCAUGUUCAUGGAUCUUAUUACCGAAUCAUAACAAACUCAAAAGGCAAAACAAGAACCCUGUUGGGAGGAAAGAGCCAUACAAAGGAGAAGCUGGAGAAAUAUUAUUUAUCCAUCAUAUGGAUAAACUGAUUUUAACUGACAACUUGUGCUUAAAUUUCAGUUGAAACUAUUGGCAAAACAUAUUGAGGGUUUUUAAAUGGAUAUCUGCUUCAAAGGACUGGGAUAGUGUGGGGUAUGAGGUAGUGCUUCAGUUAUUUCACUCGAUUCUCAUGUUUGUUGUGUAGGCUUGCACUUACCGUAAGCAUACACCAGUGUUUUGUCCCAGCAAGUGGAUAUCUGUGGCUGUUCUUGUGACGUUGUUCAGGACUUGAAGUGUAGUACUUCUGCAGUAUUUGGUAUCUUCAACAGAAACAAGUCUUUUUUAUGGAAAGAGUAACUCUUUCUUGCUUUACUGUUUAAAGUUAGUCACUUCUCCGAUGCUAAGAUAUAUCAGAUGUUUCUGCAUCAGCCUCUGUUACCUCUGUGACAGACAGACAUUUCUUAAGCUGCUGCUUCUUAUCGUUUUCUUACAUGGACAUUGCAUCGGGUGCUAUAGAGCUGUUUUCCUUUGGACAGUCUAACCUCAGUAGCCCUAAAAGGUGACUCUGGCUCAAAUAUGAACUAAUUGAAAAUAUAUUGUGCAAUUGGUACUGGUUAUUUGUAUCUUCAGCUGCUGGAAAGAUUUUCUGGGAGGCAUGUAGGUGAUUGGUCGCUUCUAAAAGUGCACAUCUAUCCCCGGAACAACUGACCAAGUGUAAGUUCUCAGAGUUGUUUGGCACUUUUGGUAUCUGGUAGUCAUAGUAAUAAGGAUUUUUUUUUUUUCUACUAGAUAUUUUACAUUUGUCCACAAGAAACCCCAACUAUGUAUUUUUGUCUGGAGCCAGUUUGCUGUUCCUGAUGUCAGUUAUUCCUCAGAGUGACUCCAGGACUGCUCUGACCAGCUCUAUGUGGUCUUCCUGCCAAUAGCUAAAAUUCUGUCAUUUGUAUGAGGCCAUGUGUGCAACACAUGGAAAGAGGAAAAACUGUCCCAGGAGACAGGGUGAAAAUGUAUGCUUUUUUUGGUCUUUCCAAACACAGCUCCACAGUUUUUUGAAGUCCUUAGAGUAUGCAAACAUCUAGAGAUGCCUGGAAGUAUUUCUCAGUUUGCUUAGAAGGACUUGUCCUGGCUAAAACCUAGUAAGUAAGUAAGGGUGCCUUUUUCCUUCUAUGCCAGUCAUUCUCCAGGGCAAACAUACACCAAGUUAGCUGGAGAAGCUGAUUUUCCAGUUCUGGCCUGAGCAUGUUGUUGUUUUUCUGUGCUAGCUUCUGUUUAAAAAUAUGUAUAUAUUAUUAUGUGUCAGUCUUUGAGCUUGAUCAACACUUCUGAAUAAUAAAUAAAUCAGUCUCAGAUGCUUGGUUGCAAAACUAAUCAUCUGCUGCUAUAAAAACACUUACGUGUCUUACCCAGCUCCUUCAGAGAGUCAAGGCCAGACCUGCUUCCAGCAAUUUCAGACUAAAAACACUUAAUGGGCUGGAAUUUCAUAGUCCUAAAAAAGUACAAGCUACUGAUCAAGAAUCUUUCAGCCAGACCGAGUUACCAGCACUAAGCAGGAAGGGGUUUUGCAGCCUGCUUUCUCCUUCCACAGCUCUUUAUGGCUACUUUCUUGCCUUGAAGCAAGUCAGAUGUCCUGAAAGACUCCAUUUAACAUGAAAAGGAACAAGCAGCACUACUGUCCCAGACCUUGCUGUAUUCCCCACACACCCUAAAAUUCCCAAAAGGGCUUUAAAAUGUCUUUUCUCUAAACUGGAGAAGAACUCUGCACUCACUGUCCUUUCCUCCCUCAGGGAACUGUAGAGUUGUACCUAGCAGUGCUGUGGUUCUCACUGUGAGCCACUUGCCUUGUUUUUCUUGCCAAAUAAACAAUAUUUUCUGCUACAUUUCAUAGCUUUUUCAUUAACUAAUAUAAAAGGGAUUCAACAUUUUGACAUACACAUUAUCUUCAAGGUAACAAUUGGAAUCUUAAAAUCAUCUGGUCUACUCAAGCUGUUACACAUGAGACUUUGGAAUCUCUAAAUUAGGUUUCACUAGUUAGAUUUGUUUUCCUUGUCCUCAAUACUACCCUAUUACAAGUAAUAUUGCUGUUCAUGUUUAUGUUCUUUAUAGCAGGACCAUUGCACUGAGGUAGGUAUAAUUAGAGCAGCAAAAUAAACGCUAGGUUUAGUUUAUGCUUUACCUUUGGAAAGCUUUUAGGUUUCAGUAAGGCCUAAGCAGUAGUUUGAGUAUUGGGAGUGGAGGAGGGAAAAGUUGGCAGAAGUGUUGGGAACUGAUCUGUGUUCAUAAUUAGUUGGCAGGGAUGGCAAGUUUUUGUUUCAUCUUUCUUUUACCUACUCAGAUCAGUUCUCUCAGGCAGGUGGCUGUGUGCCCAUCUACUAAACGGCACCAGUUCAAAUACUGGAACAACUAAGGAUGUAGCCAUGGAGCUGGAGGAAGGUAAAACUACUUAAGCCAUUGUUGCUGCUGAAGGAAACUGCAUCCUGCUGCACGCUGAAGUAAUACAACAUGUCACAGUGGGAAUAAUGCAAAAGUUAUAUGUUGUUUGUUGUGGGGUGAGUCUGAUAACAGCAUUGUGCUUCUAGAAGUGCAGUUCUGAUAAACAGUAGCUAAAUCAGUAGCAAACACAACAGUUUUGCAAGGGACAGAAAAUAGGGAAAAUUAGCUCAGAGUAUGGUUCUGUGUUGCAUUUAAUUUAGUUUAACUGGGGGCUGCUUCCACUAGAGGCUGCCACCAGUUCUCCUGCACAGAAUCUUAGGGCUUAUGCAGUUGUACGAUGGGUUCCUUCCAUUUGCAAAGCCACUGAAAGGCUAAUCAACCUCAUUUUCUCUUCUAGUUUGUCCUCCCCAACAGUAAUCUCAGACUCAGCUUCUGCCUGUGGGAGCACUAGAUCAGAUGUAAGGAAAGGGUGAGAACAGGAUCAUAUCUUCUAGCAGUAGCCCGCAGUCGGAAAAGAUUGAACCCACCCAACACAAAAUUGCACUUCAGUAUGUGGGGACA